AUGGUAUAUGUGUUGACCAUAUUUUUGUUUCUACGAGUACCCAAAACUCGGAGAAGACUUGAUCAAGACUUACACAAGAUCUUCGCACAUGCUUGUGUCCUUCUCAGUCGUUUCUACGAGUACCCAAAACUCGGAGAAGACUUGAUCAAGACUUACACAAGAUCUUCGCACAUGCUUGUGUCCUUCUCAGUCGGUUACUUUAUACACGACUUCCUUGACAUGGCAUUGCAUCAUAGGAAACGGUCGUCGUAUGAGUUAAUGGUGCACCACGUGUGUGUUAUAGCUUGCUUUGGUUUAUCAGUCUGGACCAGGAUGUUUGUUGGGUAUGCUGUAGUGGCUCUUUUUGUUGAAGUUAAUAGUAUAUUCCUACAUAUACGGCAGCUGUUUAACAUAACAGGCAUUUGCAAGAAGGAACCAAAAUACCGCCUUAAUUCGAUGCUCAACAUCAGCACUUUUGUGAUUUUCCGGAUUGCGGUUUUGGGAUGGAUGACACGAUGGCUUGUCAUUCACAAAGACGAUCUCUCUCUGGCUGUUUAUACCUUGGGUAGUGUUGGUUUGGCUAUUAUAAUGGUGAUGAGUAUUGUGCUCUUCCUUAGAGUAUGCAUAGCAGACUUCACCAAGAAAAAGCACAAGGAUUCAAAUAAGCACAACGAAUCAAAUCACAAAAAAACUCAAGAAUGUGAUGACAGUAUGAAGUUGUCAUCAGCAGCUACACUACUGCCCAAUGGUACAAACAUUCACCUGGAUUAGCUUCGUAUGAGAAGAUUUACUAUAGCAUUAAAAUUCUUUCUACUGUGAAAAAAUAGUCAUUGUUUUGUUCUGUGGUGUGUAAGCCCUGAAGAAUUAGUCACUUCAUAGAACAAUUACAUUGUACAAAUAUAUUUGUGUGGUGUUCAUUUAUUUCAGAAACUAGUAUCUGUAUUCAUUUGCAUGUUUUCAAAAUUAUUAUUUUUUCCAAGAAUUAAAUUUUGGUUAUGAUGAUCAAUUUAUAUGAUUUUUUGUAAUUGCCAGUCUUAUAAAGGAGCAAUGUUGAUAAAAGUUGACUUUUCUGUGUAAAGCAUGCGAAAGUUACUAAGUUACCAGUGAAUGCCUUGAAAAAAUAGGGUAGUUUUGUCUCAGGUAAUCCUUUUUUAUAAAUGUUUCAGAGAUCAAAUGCUCUAAACUUUGUAUACUAGAAAUGCACAAUAUUAAUGUGACUAUGCUAUGAAUUGUUUGUGAAAGAAAAAGUGGAAAGAACAUAGAAAGAACAAAGCCGAAUAUAUGAUUUAAUAUUAAUUUUGUUUCAGAUUUUGAGAAUGCUCAGUCUUGAUCAUCGGAUUACAUGCUUAAUUUGCCUCUAAAAAUCUGAUUACUUAGUGAGAAAUGUUUGAGCUGCUUUCCAUAUAUUCACACCAAGUAUGCUAGCUGUCUAUACUUGUACCUUUUUAUGUUUACUUCUGAUGAAAUGAAGAAAAAAUAGUAGUAUUUAGAAGGGAUGGUAAAGAAAUGUGAAACAUAGUCACUUUCUGGUUAAUGUCAAGUUUAUGAAAUAUAGCAUGUUCAUUAUUUCUUAGUUUUAUAGCAAAUAUGAACUAAAUGGUUACAAAUGAUAACAGACAUAGAGGAUAAUGGGUACUAAAGAGUGGUUCGAUAUAAUUUAGAUAUAAUUUAUAUAGUUUUGGAACUGAUGAAAACUGAUGAAACUGAUGAAGCUGCCACAGGCUGUUUCUUGAAUUUCUUGUUGCCACUGAUAUGAAAAUUAGAUUCUUGCAGCAAUUUAUAGUUUUGUGAAAAACACGAUCGUUACUGGCUCAUAAUAUUAUGAGAUAAUUGCUAAAUACCUAGCUGUGACCCAAAUAAUUGUAUCAUCUCUCUUCAUAAAGUCCAUUUAUAGCUUCAUCAAUAAAUUAAUGAUAAUGAAUGUAUCAAGCUUAUGCUGUAAGUUGCUUGAUGCCACUGGUGCUCUGUUUGGUCACAUGUGUUUAUGUAACUAAUAUUUGUCAGAAAAUAUUUGAAUAAUAAGUAGAUUUCAGUUGAAAAUCUUGUUUUUGACUAUAGGUGUAAAGUGAUGUGUUAAGAUUAAUGUGCUUUUGUUCCAAAUAACAUUAUCACAUUGAAGAACCUAAUUAUAGUCUUAGCCUAUGAACACACUUGGUGUGAAUAAAUGGAUAGUGACCCAGACAUUGUAAACCAAUCAGCUUUAUAGCUAUACAAUAGGAGCUUUUGGGCAAAUUUGCAAAAUUGGUUGGGAUAUAUUCAAGUUCCAAGUAUGACAUAGUCUACUCAGAAUUAUUUUCUUUAGACUUUGUCAACAUAGACUCACUCUAUGCUCAGCAGUCAUUUAGAUAGAGAGCUUCCAUUUCUUUUGACACCGAAGAGUGUGGUAACUCCUUUAUUAAAAAAAAAAAAAAAAAGUAUCAAUAUCAAAAGACAAAUUAAUGCUGUGUCCACAGCUGGCAUAAGUGAGCUGAAACAAGGAUUAAAAACCCAAGCAUACAAGUGCACGUGAGUGUAGGAGAACAUUAUCCAUUGUGGGAGAAAUUGAUGAUAAACUUUCCUCACUUGCCCCGACAGUUCAAGCAAUUCAAUGAUGACACAUAAAAGAAUUGAUAGUGAAAAUUUUCUCAGAUUACUCAUAAAAAUGUUCAUUCAGUGAGGACACAAACAAACCAGCAUCCUGCCAAUAUAGAGGCUACCUAAGAAUUAAGAAUGCCACAUUUUUGCUCUGUAGUUGUAUACAACAUCACAUACAAGCUUCCUGACUAAGAGUAAUUUCCUCAGGAUAUUGUAAGUGAAAAAGUGGAAACUUAAAUAGAUGAUAAUUUGCACAUCAUUGUUUUGUAAACCAGAUUUGAGUAUUUGUCCAUGUCCUGUAGAUAAGGGUUAUUAAAUAAUUUAUUAUAUUUGUAUUUUACAAUAUUUGAAUAAGUAGUCUAAUAUUCCAGUUAUAGUUUAGAAUAUUUUCAGCCAUAGCUUAAUCAUUUUAAUUUUUCACUUUGAAAUAGCUGAAUAUAAAAUCACUAUCUUACACCAACCAUUCACAGAAAAACUUUUGUUGCAUAUUAGGUAUUUGAAGGUAUAUUCUGGAUUGGGUGAUGAAGCUCAUACUGACAUAGUAAUGGGAGUGUUAUAUAUUAACAUACACUAAAUUUUAGUAAUACUUCAUGUCAUCACUGGCUUGUUUUCUGCAUAAUACAUAGAAACUCAUUUGCAAAUUAGUAUUUUUUAAGCUUGUAUGAACUGUUGCUGUAGCUAGUGGAGGUUUCACAGUUAGAUCCUAGAAAGAGGGAAGCUCACUUAGAACAGAUGAAGGGGGAUCUCUACCAUGAUGGCUGCCAGAAGUGAUUGUUUACAUUGUGAUGUCAUUGAAGUCACUUGAGAGAAAGCAUCAUAGUUUUACUGAAUUACUUUCAUGUAAUAGUUGUUUAUGUCUACAGUGCAGACAAUUUCUUUUUUGUAUUUACAGAUUUUUAGUUGACUGUUAUAGAUAAUUCCUAUGAACACUUAAUUUUCCUGUUUCACAUAAAAAAUGUCUAUAUAAAGUAAGGCUGUUUAUCAGUUAAGGUUUUAGGUGUGAGGCAAGUGAAGGUGUAAAUUUGGCAGUUACAAUUCAUCAUCGCAUGUUAAAGAAAUGUAUUUUAGAACAGUGUUGAGGGUGAAAAAUAUUUAGCUGAUCCAGUCAUAAAACAUUUUCAGUAUUUCAGUAUGAUUACUUUUUUUUUUUCUUUUUUUUUAAGAUGGGCCCAUCUUUCAAUAGAGUUCUUUUUAAACAUUUUAUCAACAUGGUGUAGCAGGGGCCUUCAACCUUUUUUGAUUCAAGAGCCAAAUUUUAAAUGUUAAGGAGCUUAACCCGUUCGCGAUGGGUGUCACGUAUACGUGACAUGCCCACUGUGAACUCACUUGUUUAAUUGUUUUUACGCAUAGACGGCUACACUUGUUGCGAGUACUGCCUGUCUUGCCCGUUUAACUUUUUCUUUAAUUUACGAAAAUAUUUGACGUUAUUUUAUUUUGCUGUUACUAAUGUUUAUAACAUAAUAAUUAUAAUGUUUAUAAUAAAAAUAACCAUCGAUAUUAUUAGCACUAGUAAAAAAUAAAUUUUCCCGCCAAAUAAAAUCAGGUAAGGCAGAGCCAUCUAUGUGUUGAGACAUUUCACAAAAAGUAUAAAAAAUGAGCUCAGCAUUUUCCCCCAUUUUUUGUUCAUUUUUACCCAUUGCGAAUGGGUUAAGAACCACAAACACAUCUUGCAUUAAUACAUGAGAGUUCAUAUAAAGCUCAAUUCAAAAUUGCAUAUGAAAUAUAUAUUGCUUAAAUCAGUUUGAUAAAAUUCAUGGAGAUGAAUUAUAUACAAAAUAUACAAUAUACAAAAGUAUAUUUUGCCCUGAUAAAGAAGCAGUGUUUGUCUUUUCCCAAUUUAUAAUCGAGAUGGGUUCUUUUGCCUACAAUCUACAUAGGAGU